CGCUGAUCAAUACACACCCGAGACGAAAACAUUAUGCGGCUCAAGAAUAAGAGUUCCAGCUCCACGGUGGUUUUGGUGCUGACCUUUGUUGCGUUUCUUUCAAGCUUCGGUCAAGCGCAACAUUUGACGGACAGUGAGCUGCAGGUCCAUAUCGGAGGAGAGUCGUCGCAACAAUGGAUCUCGCUGAGUGAAGACGCUGAAUUCCAGGCAGCUUCAGUGGAUCCUUCCCGGAACGCCCGACUACUACGGGAUGUACAAGGAAGACUCCUGGGUGGAAGCAUCAGUGCUCUCUCAUCGAUUGACGCAUACGGAACCUAUUACGACGGAUAUUCGCAGGCCUGGCGAUACCUGGGGUUCUACAUUGACUGUGGUGAACAACGGGGUGGUGGCCACCACCGCAAUCGCCGACGAGAACUGAAAGAAGGGGAGGAGGAGACUGAAGGAGGCUGCAAUCGAGUUCUCUUGUGGGCUGCGUACAUCGAUUUAGACUACCAAGGGGGUGAAAUAGGUGAAUAUCAAUUUUACAAUUUGGAAAACGACGCAUGGGAUACUACGCCUUGCAACAUGACUGGAUCUGAACGGUGUGCCAAAAUGGACUGCCAUUUACCGGAUACGCAUUUUGAGCUUCUCGGAUACUACAAGGAACAGAAUUAUUUGCAGUGGAUGGAGCAGCUCUUUAAACAUCAGGGCUACUGUAUCUGGGACGAGGACGAAUAUUCCUUCAUGCAAACUUAUUAUGAAUCGUGGCCAGAGGAUUGCACGCAGUCUAAGACUGCAGUGAACGGUAAUUAUCUCUACUUCGACCUUCAACCAACAUCCAACGGUGGAAUGAGUAUUGGUCUCUAUACCGAUCAGCGCUGUACAUCGCAGUACACAGGUCGUUCUCCAACAGUAAAUACGGUUCUGGCUUCCUUUUACGGCAGCAGCGAUAGCCCCUACAACAUAGACUCCUACAUUGAUGACUGGAACAAGGGCAUGGACGUGUACAGGAUAUGCCAGCCUUGCAAAGCUUACAAAUUGGACUAUGGAGACGAAGGAAGUAAUGGUCACCGCGCUCUUGGUGGCAGCGCAGACGGUAAUUUCGAGUGCGACGACGACGCCGGUUACAAUAGCGUCAACCAGUGCAUGAAAUUUGCGACUCAUACAAAAAUGAGAGCCGCGACCUUUCAGAACUUAAUGUUGGCAACACAGCAAGGCUUUCUUCCCGGAACCACUGUAGCGGGAGUUUCGUAUGGCGAACAAAUCUACAAAGAGCCCGAGGACUAUACCUUUUUCUUUCAUUCUACGAUAUUCUUCUUAACGGGAGUUGCGUUCUUUGCACUAGCAGUGAUAACCCAUCGAAAAACUUCCAAGACCUUGAGUGAGCCAUUCAUUGCGUCGGAUGGGGUCGCCGCUUAAAGAUACGGACCAGUAUAGGGCCAUGGUGCUGCCGUUG